AUGUCACCAUGGAACGAAUGGCGGGAUCGGUACUACGGUGACACGCGGAUCCCCCGCAUCCUUAUUUGGACCGGUUCAUAUUCCGGGAAUUCCCAUGUUUCUCGCAUCGAAAAGCCCGCAGAAAACAUCACGUGCAACAUCAACGAUGGUCACGACGACAGCCGCCGCUCCUCCCAGCUGCCAUGUUUUGUGACUCACGACCGGAGCCUCCUCAUGGAAAGUGACGCCAUUGUUUUUCAUGCUGACAUCGUGAACGUGAGCGACCUUCCCAGAAAGCGUGCCUCGAACCAAUUGUGGGUGUUCUGGGCGCGCACUCACCCGGCAGCACCGGCUCCUGUGGAUGACUAUCUUGAAGAAGCCACUUCGCACGUCGAGGGGACGGGAACGCCCUCAUCACUGCCCAUUCAGUUGUCGCAAAUCUUUAACUGGACCAUGGCCCAUCGUGAGGACGCCGCCGUUCAUAUCGCCCACAAGAGUUUCGUCCCUGAAUUCCCGUCAACUGCUGAUAUGCUAUCAUCUAUCUUUAUUCAGAGUCCGCGGUCAGCUUUGUCAAGAAGACGGGACGCCGUCUGGAUCGCUUCAAAUUGCGAACUAGAAAAAUUCAAGGAGGAGCAAGAAAGAAGACGUCGUAAUAACGAUCUUGUGGACGACCUCGGUGAUCUGCAUGAGCUCGACGGCAUGACACAAACCGACCUGCAGGUACUGCCCGACUGUGGGGCCAGUCAGUGCAAGUCGCCGACCGACUGCGUCGCGCAAAUCGCCAAGAAAUUCAAGUUCAUCGUGGUGGCAUCGACGCCAGCCUGCUUUGAAAGUGUCGACAACCUCGUCUACGAAGCGUUCAAGCACGACAUCGUGCCGGUCGUGCUUGCGUCGCCCAACUUCAAGCUAAGUUUCCCGCCCAAAUCCGUGGUCACCACAAGAGACAAGCCGGGGCGUUUUCCCGAGCUCCUGCAUGCACUGCUUACGGAUCCCGGAAAAUACGAGGCCUACUUCGAUUGGAAACACAAGUUCCGGGUUACCACACUGGAGAACGAGCUGUGCCCGUUGUGCCUGGCUAUGCAGGAGCAGCCCAAGCGGACGUCUCCGCCUGCACUUGACUACCGAGAGUGGUGGGAGCGUCGCGUCAGCUGCCGUGCCGAAGCGUUGUUUGACGUGGACACUUUCCGCAAGGACGCACCCUCGUUGCCUUAG